AUGGCCUCUCAGCAUAUGACCAAGGCUCCUCCUCCAUUGACACCAACCUUCCUCGUUCUGACGUUUCCGGCCCCUCGUAUCGUCCUCAUCCGCAUGAACCGGCCUGCGGCCCUCAACGCUAUGUCAACUGCGGCUCAGUGGGAGAUGGAUGCCAUCUGGAAGUGGUUUGAUGACGAGCCAACACUCUCCGUCGCCAUUAUCACUGGUACGGGCCGCGCGUUCUCUGCAGGCGCCGACCUCAAGGAUUGGAACAACAGCAUGGACAGCAAUGCUGACCCCAGCAAGAGAAUGGGCAAUGCGCCCGCGUUCACCCCAUUGAGUCGUCGCCUGGGCAAGAAACCCGUCAUCGCAGCAGUCAACGGCCUCGCCAUGGGGGGCGGCUGCGAGUUCGUGGUCAAUUGUGACCUGGUCAUUGCGGCUGAGGAGGCCGUCUUUGGACUGCCGGAAGUCAAGCGAGGCAUUGCAGCAAUUGGAGGUGCGCUACCUCGCUUGAUACGGACUAUCGGCCUCCAGAGAGCAAGCGAAUUUGCCUUGACCGGAAGAAAUGUCACGGCCAGGGAGAUGGAGGCAUGGGGCAUAGUGAACAAGGUUGUGUCUCGAGAAAGCCUCAUCGAAGAGGCCGUUCGUUACGCAACUAUGAUCGCUGUCAACAGUCCCGAUGCCAUCAUCUGCACAAGAGCUGGGCUCCGACAAGGAUGGGAAACAGCACCCGUGGAGGGGGCUGUCACUAUCACACUAGAGAGGGAAUUUGCGGAGUUGCAAAGAGGAGAAAACAUAAUCGAGGGACUACAAGCCUUCGCAGAAAAGCGAGAGCCUAUUUGGAAAGGUAGUAGACUGUGA